AUGGUGGCUGCCGUUACCGGAGGUGCAGCUUCAACGCCCGACCCGCAAAACCCCAAAACCCCCUCCGCCGCCGACGCGAGGCUGCCGUUUCUGCCAUCCGAGAAGGAUAACGGCAAUGGGUCCUCCCCGAGCAACCCCAGAAAGCCCAAAUCAAAAACCGUGUCCUCUCGGUACAUGUCGCCUUCCACCUCCACUCCAAAUUCAUCCUCUGUCGCCACUUCUAGAAGGUUCCCAUCGCCGUCGGUCUCUAGGAGCUCGAGAAAUUCGCCUUCUCUGACCCCCAAGAGGUCUGUUUCUGUAGACAGGCGGCGGCCGGCUGCGGUGACGCCUUUGACGGCGGAUCUAGAUUCCAGAAGCGGCAGCGCCGCCGUUAUCUCAGCCGCCUCUAAGCUGCUCGUCACUUCCACCAGGAGCCUAUCAGUUUCCUUUCAAGGUGAAUCAUUUUCUUUGCCUGUUAGCAAAACUAAAGUUUCCCAUUCUACCCCUAAUCCAACAAGUAUGAGAAAAGGAACACCUGAAAGGAGAAGAACUGUUGUUAAUCCUUUGCCAGAAGGUAAGCCUGAGAGUUCAGGGGAUCAGCUCGAAAAAAACCCGAAGUCUGCCGAUCACCACCUGUGGCCAAGCAGGAACCGGGCUGCAAAUCACCUAUCGAGAAGUUCCAGUAAGCUAAUCGGGCCCUUUAAUGAGAGAAGGCUUUCGUGCAGUGGCAGGUUGAGUCUUGAUUCAGUCGAACGAGCCCAUGAUAGGAAUUUGGUAAAAAAUGAACUAUUGAUGCAUCCUUAUGAUAUUACUACAACCUCUGAUUCGGACAGCAUGUCUUCAGACAGUACUUCGGGUGUUCGAGGGAGUUGCAGAGUCCAUAGGUCGAAUGGGCCUCUAAGCAUUGCUGCCUCGGCCCGAUUCUGGCAGGAGACUAAUAGUCGACUUAGGAGGCUGCAGGAUAGUAGUCCUGGCCCAAAACUGAUUGUGCCAGCUAAGUCGAAAAAAUUUAUGAGUAAUGGCCCGUUAUUGUCUCCUGUUCGUGGAAACAGUACUAGGCCUCAAUCGCCUAGCAAGAUUAUGGUUUCUCAGCCGAGGGGGAAAAGCCCAAGCCCGUCUCGUUUUGGUGAGAUGCCUUCGGUUCUUAGCUAUGCUGUGGAUGUUAGGAGAGGGAAAAUCGGGGAAAAUGGAGUAUUAGAUGCACAUUUGUUGAGGCUUUUGUAUAAUCGGCACAUGCAGUGGAGGUUCGUGAAUGCUCGAGCUGAAGGGGUCUUGCGCAUGCAGCAACGCAGUGUAAAGAAACAUCUAUGGAAUGCGUGGAUAACAAUCUCGGAUCUACGAGGCACAGUCACCAAAAAACGACACAGAUUGCAGCUGCUAAGGCAAAAGUUGAAGCUAGCCACCAUUCUUAAGAGAGAAACGACUUUUUUAGAAGAAUGGGCUUCUCUGGAUAAAGAGCACUCGAUUUCUUUACUCGGAGCAAUUGAAGCUUUAACCGCUAGUACUGUUUGUCUUCCAAUUGUUGGAGCAAUUGGGAAUGUCCAAAGCAUGCAUGAUGCAAUUGGCUCGGCAUUUGACAUAAUGCAGACAAUGGCACCCUCUGUAUAUUUUCUUUUGCCAAUGGUCGAAAAAUUAAAUUCUUUAUCGAGCGAACUUAUAAAAGUGACCACGAAAGAACAAGCUUUGCUCGAGGGAUGCACUUAUGUUCUAUCUUCAUUAGCAGCCAUGCAGGUUAAAGACAGUAGUCUGAGGACACAUAUAAUACAACACGCCCGUUUAUGA